GAAUCAAGAUAGAAACAAGGGCUAAAGCAGGACAACUCCAAGACAAAAACUGAUCUAAAUCAGGACUAAACAGGACUGAAGAGCCAUGAUGCAGUGGUCCAGACUGGGACGAGUUCUGCUGCAAAAUCAGGUCCAGAUCCGGUCCGGGUUCUGCUCCUCAGCUCCUCCCCUGGACCGGGCCCUGUACGAGUUCCGGGUCUAUGACGUCCAGCCACACUUGUACACACGCUUCCUGCAACUGACCAAUCAGAAGAUCCACCUGAGGACCGCACACUCGCAGCUCAUUGGCUACUGGAGCGUGGAGUAUGGAGCCCUCAACCAGUUUUUCCACAUCUGGAGAUAUGAAAGCUACUCCCAGCGUGCAGCAGUGAGGUCAUCAUUGGCGCAGGACCCUGAUUGGCUGGAGCAAUACAUCUCAAAGGCCAUUCCUAUGCUCACAAAGCAGACAAAUGAGGUGGCUCGACUGUUGCCGUGGCAACCAAUGAAGGACCCACCCACAGAGGGGGGGGUGUUUGAGUUGCAGCGCUUCCAUAUUAAGCCAAAAGGGUGGGGCCUCUGUGAACAGGGCCUGAAGAAUUUCAUCCAAUCCCAACAUGCACCUGGCCUUGGCCAAGUCAUAGGAGCCUUCAGUAACGACAUUGGAGAAAACAACACUGUCCAGGUUCUGUGGUGGUUCCAGAGUCCGGAUCAUUGGGCUGAGACCAGAGACCAACGGGAAACAGCUCAGAGCAUAGAGGAGCAUCUGGAUUCUGUCUCAAACAAACUACUGUUUCCUCUGCCCUUCUCCCCCAUGAAAUAAACCAAGACAAAUCCAGACUCUGUUGGUAUCAAUCAGUAUCACUGUAUUUGUCCCUGAGGGGCAGUUGAAGCGCAUUGAGCAGUAAAAUACAAUAAUAAUUGUCAUUAAUAAUCAAACAAAAGUCUCAGUGCAGG